GGAAAUCAUUUAUGAGCAUGCGUGUGUUGUGUAAAUGGCGGAGAAAAACAAACAGAUGAAAACGUAUAGGCCUAUUUUGAUAAAGUGAAAUGGCCACACACUUCAUCUGUCAGCCAACAGAACCUCUGGCACAUCGGUAUCCAUUAAAUCCGGGACCUGGAAAGGGACAUGGUGCUGUGUCUCAGUAUGAACUUCUUAAUGCUGCCACAAAAUCUCACACAGAGUUCCCUCCCCCUGGUUGGGACACUUCUCAGAGUUCGGAGGAAUCUCUUCCACUAUGUCAGGUACCCAUCCCCGCCUGGAGAAUUACUAGUGAUCUGAUUGGUCCUGAUCCACAGCUGUGUAUUACACCUGAGAAACCAAUUUCCAAAUACAGACCAAAGAAACUUGUCCCGGAGUCCAAGCCAGACUACGCAAUAGGAUGUGACCCCGACCUGUGUGUUACUCCUGAGAAAAGCAUUGCUGAGAGAAAAAUUCAGGGAAAAAAUCAGACAGAAACCUUAUAUGGACAGCAGGUGAGGUUUAAUAUCAGUGAAUCAGAUAAUUCUGUAAUCAAUCAGGGUUUUAUUUCAAGGACAAAUAAAUCCUAUAAACCUUGUGAUUAUUCUGACAAUCUGGAGGAGUCUGAGCCAAGAAAAGUUUUCAGUGCUAAACCAAUGCAGUACACACUGCAGAAGACAAAUGAUAAACCAGUGUAUGUCCCUUUGGCUGAUCACAAUUUAGAGCACUCAUCAGAGAUGCCUAAAACUCUGACAAAGGAGACUGGUGUACUACCAAGUGUGCCAUCUUCAAAAAUCAGCAAGGAGGAAAGAAUUGUUCGUGUAUUAAAAACAGACAAUCCAAAAAAGAAUACAAAAUCUAAAGCAAAAACAGAGACAGAGGUUGAUGAUCCUUCAAAGCACAUCAGUGAUCCAACCAAUAAAAGGAGAGUCCGUGUCACCAGGGAGACCAGAGAGAAGCCAGCUCUUUCUGAUUACACUUACCCAUUCAGUGACCCAACAGUAGACACGGCUCAAGAAUACGAGCAUGUGUUUAUGAGGCCAGAGUACAACAGCACACUAAGAAUGAGGAAGGAGAUUGAGAGCAUCAAAGAAAGCAGUGUAGAUAUUGUAAAAGCUCUGGAUAAAAAGUUGCAGGUCUCGGAAACCGCGUCAUCAGAUAUCAGAGAAAAAGCUUCCUCCAAAGUGAACGUUACAAGUCCCCACUUCACAGGACUGGUCAGUCUAAGUGUCCCAGUGGAUAACAUUGACAAAUCCCACAUAUUCCGAGCUAAGCCAGUCAAACACAGGCCCGGACAGGGUAAAACUCGUGAGCCAGACCUCAUGGAGUUUUUCUCACCAGAAUUCCAGAGAGAGUCCCCGGAGUUGUCUACCCCUGGACUCCCAACCACCUCAGAGCCUUUAGUAACUACGGCACCCAUGUCAGCCUUUGAACUGUACCGGCAUAACAGAGUGUGGGACAGUAACAGUUAUCUCAGAUCUAGACACAAGUGAUGCUAAAUUCAUGUAGUGCCAAGUAUUUAACAUAUUUUGUAUUUUUAAGUGUAGUUUUGUUCGAUAUACAUGUAUGAAUAAAAUUGAAUUGCAA